UCAAAGGCGUUUCUUGAUGUUUCGGGAGUUAAAGAUAAAUCCAAGAUGGUGCUUAUCGAAGACCCUAUUAGCCAAGAGAAACGGUUCUUGGAGAUGAGGAAGAUCGCCAAAACCGAAAAGGCGUCUAAAGCGAUUUCUGAUAUUAGUCUUGAUGUUGAUAGACUUGGCGGACGGGUUUCGGCGUUUGAGAUGGUUACUAAGAAAGGAGGAAAGAUUGCGGAGAAAGAUCUUGUAACGGUGAUUGAGUUGUUGAUGAAUGAGUUGAUUAAGUUGGAUGGUAUUGUGGCUGAAGGUGAUGUGAAGUUACAAAGAAAGAUACAGGUGAAGAGAGUGCAGAAUUAUGUGGAAACACUCGAUGUGUUGAAGGUGAAAAACUCCAUAGCUAAUGGACAGCAGAAACAGUCAGGUGCUCCUAAGCGACUUGCACCGAUUCAAGAACAUAAUAAUGAAGAGAANCAAGAACAGAAACCGGUACAGUCUCUCAUGGACAUGCCUAUACAAUACAAGGAGAAGAAACAAGAGAUACAAGAGGAGCCAAGGAACUCAGGGUCAGCUCCAUUUAUGUUAGAUACAUCCACUAAAUGGGAAACAUUUGAUCAUCAUCCCGCUACACCAUUGAGCUCGACUACUUCAAAUAGUGACACGGUCCCGCCCAGGUUCAAUUGGGAAUUCUUUGAUUGAAAAAAGGUUUCUCAUUUUGUGAAAUCUUUUUCUUUCUUUUACUAUAUAAUUCUUGUGUGGAGGUGUUGUUGUUGUUUUUGUUUUUUUUUUUUUUUCAGGCUUCUUCAUCAUGAUUAUGAUUCUUUUGAUGUACUUAGAUUUUUGUGUGGCGUUUGUUUAUUGUACUGGGAAAUAAACAGAGACGCUACAGAGAAGUGAUUAUGAUAAAAUAUCUGUGAUUCAUGUGUGUUUCACUUUCUUCUUCUACUACCUUAGAAAAUUUUCAUUUGGUGUUUUUUUCUUACUUUUGUUGCAAGGGACUAACCCCUUCUUGAUGUAAGAGAGGGUCUCUUUCUCUCUCUGUCGGUUUCGUUUUUUACUCAAAACUUUGAAGGAUAUAAAAAAAAUAGACAA